AUGCGCAACCCCAGAGCACGAGAUUUCACCGGCGGCGCAAUGGAGGCAGCGUCUGCGCGCAUGGCCGCCCGGGAUCGUUACGGCGCAUUUGGGGAGCAGGCCCCAAGCUCUCCACUGCAGCGCUUCAUAAUACAAGCAUGCGAUCCGCAAAACUUUGAACCGAACCUAGCCUUGAACCUGGAGAUCGCCGAUUUAAUCAACAGCAAGAAAGGAACUGCACCUCGGGAAGCAGCCGUCACAAUCGUGCACUAUGUCAAUCACCGCAACCAGAACGUCGCCCUCCUCGCGCUCAAUCUUCUAGACAUAUGCGUAAAGAACUGCGGCUACCCAUUCCACCUCCAGAUCAGCACCAAGGAGUUUCUUAAUGAGCUCGUCCGCCGCUUCCCCGAGCGUCCACCGAUACAUUCGUCGCGCGUCCAGAACAAGAUCCUCGAACUCAUAGAAGAAUGGCGGCAAACAAUAUGUCAGACGUCAAGAUAUAAGGACGAUCUAGGUUUCAUCAGGGACAUGCACAGGUUGCUGAGUUACAAAGGUUACAUAUUUCCAGAAGUACGCAAGGAAGAUGCAGCCGUUCUCAACCCAAGCGACAACCUUCGAUCCGCAGAAGAGAUGGAGGCCGAGGAGCGCGAGGCACAGUCGGCAAAACUUCAGGAAUUGAUUAGACGAGGGGGCCCACAAGACUUGCAAGAAGCAAACAAGCUCAUGAAGGUCAUGGCGGGAUACGAUACAAGGAACAAGACGAACUGGCGCGCAAAAGCCGCUGAGGAAGUUGGGCGGAUCCAACAGAAAGCCAAGAUACUGGAAGAGAUGUUGCAAAGCUACAAGCCAGGCGACGAAAUCAAGGAGGGCGAUGUUUUCGAGGAGCUAGCCAAUGCCCUCCAAAGUGCUCAGCCAAAGAUCCAGAAGAUGUGCGAAGAAGACUCGGAAGAUCACGAGGCAGUAGCCAAGCUGUUCGAAAUCAACGAUAGCAUCCACCGCACGAUAGAACGAUACAAGCUUUUCAAGAAGGGAGAUAUCGAAGCAGCGAAUAAGAUACCCCAAGGAACGCUUGGGCGCACUGGUGCAGGUGUAUCACAGGGUCCAAAUAAUACGCUGAAUCUCAUUGACUUUGGGGAUCCCGAGCCUGCUCCUGCUGCAACCACAGACUCAGCAGCAACCUCACAACAACCUACAGCAAAGGGCAAUGCCUUGGAAGACGAUUUACUAGGCCUGUCUUUGAGUGGAGACAACUAUGGACAGUCUGGUAGCAUCUCAUUAGGAGGCUCCAACGGCUCAGUUCUCGGUAUGUCUGGAAUGCCCGUCCCAAAAUCGCAAGUCCAGCAAAAAACCUCCGCACAAGCGAUCAACGACCUCUUUGCAGCAGGGCCAACCUCGACGCCACCACAGAUAUCAACACCGCCGCCAUCAACAUUUGCACAGGCCCCCGCUCAGCCGGUACGCACACCUGAUCCUUUUGCGUCCCUGUCUGGUGGAGCACCGCGACAAGCAUCCCCGUUUCAAUACCAACAAUCAGUCAAGCCUUCGCCACCUGCGUCCGCUGCUGUUGACCUGCUAGGUGGCGCCAUCGCUCCGCCGACGUCCAAUGUGACACAGGAGAGUGCUGCCGAUGACGAGGAUGAGUGGACCUUUGCCUCUUCGGUACCUGACACCAGCAAGGAGAUCACUGUAACCAACACUACAGUGAAUGUGCUUUUUAACGUCUCGCGAGAGAACGACACAUGUUUGUUAAUCCAAUCGCGGAUAUCUAACAAUACAUCAUUGCCAAUUUCCGGACUUACACUGCAAGUCGCAGCAUCUAAGGGUGCCCAACUGCAAUUGGAGCCGCAAUCCGGUGUGAAUCUCGCGCCCAACCAGAAGUUUGGUAUUACACAGAACAUUAGAGUCAACAACGUACGAAUAGGAACAGGCAGUAGCGUAAAGAUGAGGUGGAAAGCAUCGUACUCGCUUGGUGGCCAACAGAAAAAUGAGAUGGGCGAGAUUCCAAGCCUAGGUGUCUCAUAG